AUUAAACGGAGUAGACCAAAAUCCCAAACAAGGAAAUGGUGGGGGAAUAAAACGACCAGAUUAUUUAAUUAAUGCAUGUAAUAAUUAAUAUUUUAUUUUAUUGUAAUUUAAGAAAUAUUUAUGGGUUAAAAUGGAUUACGACUUCAAAACAAAGCUCGCGGCCGAACGAGAGAAGGUAGAAGAUCUAUUCGAAUAUGAAGGUUGCAAAGUGGGUCGAGGCACAUACGGGCACGUUUAUAAAGCUAAGCGCAAAGACGGGAAAGAUGAGAAGGAGUACGCACUGAAGCAAAUUGAAGGAACUGGAAUAUCCAUGUCUGCUUGCAGGGAAAUUGCUGUAAGUUAAUAUAUUGCUUAAAGGCGCUGUUUUGUAGGAGAAAGGACAAUGUUGUUUUCCAUUCUCCUGUGUUUUCUCCUACAAUAAGAUACUAUGUGUAGUCGCUACACCGUGCCAUUUUCUUGACUUUAACCCUUUAGCUGGUGCUAUAUUAAAGAGUAGAAACCUAAGAACUGUUCUACUUUGUCUGUGGAGUGUAUUCCUGUACUGAUGUGCUUCUGGGAUUGUAAUAGCCCCAGAGUUGCGCAGUGUUCCUAAUGGCAUAAAGAAUAUAU